GGGGCAGGGCGAUGCGCUGGGCGGACAGCUGGCGAGUCCCUCUACGACCCGGCAACCCUGACACCCGAGCCCUAAUCACCUGCCGGCCAAUAUAAAGGAGACCCGCGCCCUGUGCCAGCAUUAUUCCCUCGUAAGGGCAUCAAGACGUCACACAGCAGCCUCAGCUUCUAAUCUCCUUCAACCACCACCACCACCACCAUCACCACCACCAUGUCCGCCACUCGCCUCACUCGUGCGCUCUUCUACAGCGCCGCCACCCUGAGGGGCGCCACCAAAACCCAGGUAUUGGUGGGAAGCAAACAAGAAGACACUGGUGUGGCAAGACUGAAGAUUUGAACCUGUCACCAUCAGGUGCGGAGCGCGUGCAGCGGCUGCUCCUCGUGUUCCUCCCUGUGUGGCCAGAAGGGCGCCAAGCGGGACCUCAGCCUCACUGCCGCCGCCCGUCAGUUCGCCGCCCCACAGAUGAAGCCUCAAGUUAGUGGCGUGGUGUCCUCAAAACUGCGGAACGACAUGCUGGAGGUGAAAUUUGGGGACGGGACGGAAGGUCGGCUGCCCUUCGUGUGGCUGCGGGACAACUGCCAGUGUCCUCAGUGCUUCAGCGUCGAGGCCCUGGGCAGGAAACUCCUGAUGGACGAUCUUGACGUUGAAGUUCAGCCAACAGAAGUCGAGGAAACCAUGGACGGGCUGAUGGUGAAAUGGAGUGAUGGCCACCAAAGUGAAUAUUCCACCAACUGGCUCCAGAAUCGCUCCUUCACACCCACCUCCCGUGCCUUGCACAGAGAGAGAUACGCCCUCCGGAGGGAACCGUGGGGAGCCGAACACACCAUGAAAAACUUCGACUACAACACUCUGAUGUCAGAUGAUCGGGUGCUGCUGGACUGGCUGCUGACCAUGGAGCGCAAGGGGUCAGCCAUGGUAAAGAACGCCCCUAAGAAAGAUGUGGCGGGACCGGAGCUCAUCGAGCACAUCGCCUUCGUCAAGCAGUCCCAUUACGGGCCACACUCGCCCGUCAUCAACCGACCCAACACCAACAACGUGGCCUUCACCAACGCCAAGCUAGGCAUGCACAACGACCUGCCGCAGUAUGAACACAUGCCCGGGAUCAUCUUCAUCCAGUGCGUGGCGCAGCACCCCGGCGCCGGCGGGGAGAGCAUCGUCACUGACGGACUGUUCGCCGCCGAGGAGCUGCGCAGGAACCACCCGGAGGACUUCAAGAUCCUCUCCUCCACCGACAUGUACUUCUGGGACAAGGGCCACGCCAACUACAGCUGGGAGAUGCCAGAGUUCUACAAGAUUGCAAAGUUCCCAGUCAUCAGGGUCAACGGCAACAACGAGGUGAUGCAGAUCGCCGUCAACAACGCCAUCCGCGACUCCCACAUGGACCUUCCCCCACAGGAGGUCAAGAAAUACUACGCUGCCUACAAGCGCUUCCACAACAUCCUGUACGCCAACGCCAUGACCUUCAAGAUGGAGCAGGGAGACAUGAUGACCCUGGACAACGUGCGGUGCCUGCACGGGCGUGAGGGUUACGAGGCCAACAGUGAGCGCCACAUUGAGUCCUCCUACCUCGACUGGGACGAGGCUCGCUGCCGCCGACGUCGCCUUCAGGAGAAGUUUGGCUGCUUCGUUUAAGACUCCGUAGCUGGCUGACAUCGGAUAGCUACGUGAUGUCUAUUGUUUCCAUGUUAUUUGGCAUUUCCAAGGUUUCCAGUGCCGAAGCCUUCGCUGCAGCAGCCACCAUGGAGGAUGAACAGAGCCGCGUCUGUCCUUGAAGUAAGCUCAGCAGAUUGUACUUAACGUUUUCCUUUCACAAUACUUUUGUUUCGCAUACAACGUUACCACAGAAAUUUUUUAGUGUGGUAUGCUUCAUAAUAUAUUCUAUUACUCUUACUAUUGCAUUGUAGCUAUGCACUUGUGUCACUCAUAAUAUAGCAUCUUGUAAUUCUUAUUGGGUAACAUUAACAUUCUUCAUGAACAUUACAAAUCUGUUCAUCUAUGGCUUUCUGUCGUCACAUAUCAUUUCAUGAUUCUUAGAGAUAUAUAUAAUCUAUUUUUCUACCACGAUAUAGUACCAUAUAAUUCACAUAAAUGUCUUUCGUGAUUUCUUUCACAACAUAUACUUUCUUCUUACUCAUUAAUUAUGUUAGUUAUUUAUAGCCAAUGUCAUGUUCAUAUUUCAUCAUGAUGUGUUUAGAUUCAUGUAAACUACUAACAAAGUAUAUUGUUUAUAUAAUUACAUGAUUACAAGUGUGCACACUAUGUAGCCGAAUUUAUAUAUUUUGAUAAAUAAACUUCAUUAUAUGAAA